AUGGCGAUGUUUGGGAUGUCGGAUGACAUGAAGGCGCAAUUGAUCCAGGAGAUCCAAAAAAGGCCUUUAAUAUGGAAAGUGUCUGACCCGAAAUAUACUGAUGUUCCUUCUCGUUGGCUUGCGUUUGAAGAAAUCGCACACGAACUUAGUGAUUCGUAUAUGACAUUUUCAAGCGACAUGAUAAAAAUUGCUUGGAAAAAUAUGAUGGAUUAUUACAACCAGAUAAGAAGAAGGCACGAUCGCGCAAUGAUUGCUGGGACUCCAUUUACAAAACCAAAAUGGCAGUUUUAUGAAAUAAUGCAUUUUGUCAGGCAAGACAAACCAGCUGUUAAAAGAAAAUACAACUGGAUUGAACCAUCGAAAAAAGAUUACGAAGAGGUAGUUGGGGAUCGAAACAUUGUUCGAGAAAAGACUUUGUGUGGGUCUGCGCCUUACAGUGAACCUCAUUCACGCUCUGUUGUAUCUGAAAAUAAUAGAGCGAGAAAUGCAAAAAGGCAGCAAGAAGACGUAAGUAAAUCGGUUCCUGCUAUAAAAGUUACUGAACGGGAAGGCAGUAGCAAAGGUACUCUUGGAUCAAGAAGUACGCCUCGCAGAGAAGGUUUGAGGCAAGCACCAAGGAAGUCAUUGUGGCUGGUAAAGAAGGAAUAUGUUACGGAUGAGGCUGAAGAGUGGGAUGCAGAACCAGCCCGAAAAGUAGCUAAACGUCCACAGUUAACUAGUUCGCCAGCCAAAUUGCAAAGAGGAAGGACCCAGUCUCACAAGAAUGAAACGGACAAUUUUUCACCCGUAUUAAAACAAGUCCCUCCAACAAAUGAAAUACUGAGCUCUAUUGAUGCCAACGCUACUGAACCGCUUUCUAAUAUGGAUUCAGCUCUUGCUUUUGGUCGUCAGUUAGUUGCCCGACUUAAUGCUUUACCUGCCAGUAAUUACCGCAGCGCCUGUAGAGAAAUUGAAAAGAUUGUAGCUAAGUUUGAAGCAUUAACCGACAAAACUAAAGGAAGAAAAGUUGUAGUAAACUAA